CUCCUGGCAUGUGAAGGGACGUCCCUGCUGUCACUGUCUGUCUGGAUCAGCUCACGAGGGUCAACAACAUCUCUUUUGAACUUAUUUUUGGAUAGAUCUUCCUUGACAACAGACCUUUAAGCGUAGAUUUCAUAACAGGUUUUUAUAAGGAAAGGAAACAAAGGAAAUCAUUUGUUUAUAUCCGGACCAUCAACCCUCGGAAUAAACUCCAGGCUGUAAUAUUGUUAAUGGCUAAUAAACACGUUAAUUGCCAAUAAGCUCGCGACAGCUGCGUCACUCCCAAAACAAUACACUCUAAUCCUAUAUAGCCGAGCCUGAACACCCAAGGGUACGUAUCCAGAACAUAACAGAGGCAAGGUGCCCCACGGUGAAUUCCCAGCUCAUUAUGCAACUCCAGUAUAAAACACACGCAGGAACAGUCAGGCACGCCAAACACCCAGAGGACGCAGAGUUGGAGUCAGACAGACUGACGCACCAGAUCAUCAUCUGAACUCACAGAGCCUCAUUUAGGACUCAACACCAGCAGGAACACAAGCAGUUAAACAGGCAGUCCUCUCAGCCCGCACACUCAUUUGGUCAGGGAAUUUAAGCAGAGAAAUGGAUUUCAUCCUUCCACCCACUCUGCCAGCUGGUGAUAUCCCAUGGGAGAAGGUUUUACCGCCUCUUAUCCCUCGGCUGACUGGGACUUAUGGACAGUAUAAUUGGUCUCCGAAACUGUUGAUUCCAGAGAUUGAUAACAGCAGUUCUGCAGAGGUGAACUGUGACGACAGCGGUUUCACAGUUCAAGUUGAUGUGAAGCACUUCAACCCAGAGGACCUGAUGGUCAAAGUGAUUGGAGACUUUGUGGAAGUGCAAGGAAAGCAUGAAGAAAAAAAGAAGGAUGGUCCCGGGGUUACAACGCGGCAGUUCAGUCGGCGCUACCGAAUCCCGAAGGGAGUGGACACCAUGGCUUUAGAGUCCGCGGUCUCUCCAGAAGGAAUCCUGAUCAUAUCUGCACCGAUGCUGCAGACCUACGACUCCAGAAUCCUGGCCUGAUGACAUUAAUACCAAACACUCAAAUCUGUGCCAAUCUCCACUGUGCAUGAAAACAAGACGCCUUUAAGAACACACAGGCGCACACAGAAAUAACUUCUGGCUCCUUCAGUCACAGUAACACUCACCAUGUGCCAAAACACCCAUUUGUUGUAUUCCUGGCACUGUUUUACUAUUCCCUGCUCUCUGAGGUUUGUAUAUACUGCUCUGCUGGUACUCAUUAAUCUUACAUCAUGUUUCAAGGAACCAGUCUUUGUAAAUAUUUUGCAUUCGUAGCUCAAACUUGGUAGUUUUUUUGUUUGCUAGUUUUGUAAAAUGCACUGUGUUGUAAUAACAAUGAAUGAUGCACGCAAACAUACAUCCAAACUCUUUAAUGUGGAAAUAUUCCUUCAAAAAUGAAAAAAAUAAACUUUAUUUCUUUAUAAAAUUUAAAAAAAA